UAUUAGAUCAUUUUUAAAUUGUACAUGAUAUUUGGUUCGUAACUUAAAUUUUUAAUAGAAGUGGUUAACCUUUGUACACAAAAUACAGUGUUAGGUAUAAUAUUAGAAAACAUGAAUAUUAAGAUUUUAGACGGUGGAUUUGGUGCACAAUUAUCUACCCGUGUCAGUUCAAAAAUUGAUGGUGACCCUUUAUGGGCAUCAAGAUUUUUAGCAACAAAUCCUGAUGCUGUUUAUGCCACACAUUUAGAUUUUCUACGAGCAGGUGCAGAUAUUAUUGAGACAAAUACAUAUCAAGCUUCAGUUUCUGGUUUAAUGAAACAUUUAUCCAUAACAAAGGAAGAAAGUAUAAAUCUGUUACAUGAAGCUGUUAAUAUUGCCAAAAGGGCUGUAAAUGAUUAUGUUAAAGAAAUUAGAGGAAAUAAUGACAUAGAGAACAAAAAUCCUAUGAUUGCUGGUUCUUGUGGGCCAUACGGAGCUAGUUUACAUGAUGGUUCUGAAUAUAAUGGAACUUAUGGAAAAACUACAUCUCGUGAAACCAUGAUUGAAUGGCAUAAAUCACGCAUAAAUGCUUUUGUAGAUGCUGGUAUAGAUUUAUUAGCAUUAGAAACCAUACCUUGUUAUCAAGAAGCAGAAGCAAUAGUUGAACUUUUACGAGAAUAUCCUAAUGUUAAAGCAUGGCUUUCAUUUUCUUGUGAAAGAAAUAGUCAAAAUAUAGUGGACGGAAGUAAUUGGCAAGAAGUUGCUACACGUUGCUAUAAAAUGGCAUUACCAGAGCAAAUAGUUGCCAUUGGUGUAAACUGUGUUGCUCCAAAAGAUGUAACUCCUUUAUUAAAAAAUGUCAAUAAAGGGACAGGAAAUGAAUUUAUACCACUGAUAGCAUAUCCUAAUAGUGGUGAAAUUUAUUCACAAAGUGAAGGGUGGGUGAAAAAUGAAAGUCCUUCAGUUUCAUUUGAAAGUUUUAUUCCUGAAUGGCUAGAAUUUGGAAUACGAUACCUUGGAGGCUGUUGCAGAAUGUAUGCAGAAAAUAUAAAAUCAAUUAGAGAAGAAGUAAAUAAUUUUAAGAAAAAAAAA